AUGGAUAGUGAACAGGCGAUGCGGGAGCCGUUCGAUAUUGUGUUGGCCGGUGGUCGAGUCAUAGACCCAGAGACAGGGACUGACGAUGUCAUGGACGUUGCGUUGCGAGGGACGCGUAUCGAGCGAGUUGUUCCUGUUUCUGCAGAGGAGUUGCCGAGCAAGCGCCGUGUGGACUGCACUGGUCUGGUUGUGUGUCCUGGGUUCAUCGACACCCAUGCCCACAGCUCAGGCCACAGGCCCUCGGCACGAAUCCAAGUCAUGGAUGGCGUCACAAUGCAUUUGGAGCUCGAAUUCGGUCACCACCCUGUGGAGGCAUGGUAUGACAGGGUAGCGAGGGAAGGUGGUGCUGUGAUUCACUAUGGUGCAUCCGCUGGACACAUCAUGGCAAGAAUCGCCGCGUUCGAGUGCGAUGAGAAUGCGGCUGUGCCGGACGAGCCCCCCGACAAGCGUGCACGCAGAGAGGAGUUGCGAAGAUCUCGCGGGCUGGACGCCCAAGGCCUCGUUAAUUGCAAUCCCCACUUGCUUUUGGGGUGCGCCUGCUGUGGCGCGCCGUCGCAUCAGAUUGUUGCCACGCGGGACGAUGUGCAGCAGAUCUUGGCAAAUAUCGAGGCCUCGCUUGACCAGGGAGGCUUAGGCAUUGGCAUGGGCAUCGCGUAUACCGAGAAAGCUGACCACGAAGAGGUAUACCGUGUUUUUGAGAUGGCCGCAAGGAGGAAAUGCGUCGUCUUUGUGCACAAUCGCGGUGAGAUGCGGCAGCUCUCAGACAUGCACGAGGUCUUUGCUGAUGCUGCAGCCACUGGUGCUUCCCUUGUUGUUUGCCACAUUGCCUCAAGCACUGGCAACAACGUUAAUCUGCCGCUGACGCUAGAAAUGAUUGAUAGGUUGAACGAGCGAAAUGCGGCAGACAUCACGUGUGAACAGUAUCCUUACACCGCUGGUAUGACAAGAUUGGAAAGCGGGGUAUUCAAUGAUGGUUGGCGGGAGAGGUUGGGUAUUGAUUACAGCGACGUGGAGUGGAUCGGAACUGGCGAGCGCCUCAAAGAUGAGGCUGAUUUUUUGUCCAAACGCGCUGCAACGGGACUGGUUUGCAUCCAUUCCAUCCCCGAUGCCAGCGUCGAUUUGUGUAUGCAACAUCCUAGAUGCUUGAUUGCUUCAGAUGCAAUUCCAUUUGACGAAGAAGGCCGAGGGCAUCCCAGGAGUGCAGGCUGCUUUAGCCGUGUGUUGCGAGUCUACGUGCGAGAAAGGAAGCUCAUCUCGCUGAUGGAAGCCAUUCGCAAGAUGACUCUGGGCCCCGCAAAAAAGCUGGAGCCGAUUUGCUCAGCGUUCAAAGCAAAGGCUCGCAUACAAGAGGGUUGUGACGCUGAUAUUUGUGUAUUCGACCCCGAUCACAUCACAGACAAUGCCACAUUCCAGAGCGCAGCAACUCCUUCCUCGGGCAUCGUUCACGUGCUUGUGAACGGUCAUUUCGUCGUGCAGAACGGAGCGUUCGUCGAGUGCGCUGUUGGCUAUGGUGAGCCGAUCCGGGCAGACACGAAACACUGUUUUUCCAAUGCCGCGCAGGCAGAGGUUUUAUGA